AUGUCGUUAUUAUCGGACGGGGCAGGAGAGACAUGGAUCUCAUCAUACUGCUCAUUAAUGGGUCAUGAAUAUUUUGCAGAAGUCUCAGAAGAGUUCAUUGAAGACGACUUCAACCUGACUGGAUUAGGUGCCCAAGUGCCGCGGUAUAAGGAGGCUUUAGAACUUAUCUUGGAUGUGGAACCUGAUUCGGACGAGGAAGAUGAGGACGAGGACGAGGAUGACUAUGAGGAAGAUGAGGAUAUUAUCCUAGGCGACGAAAGAUCCCCUGGCUACAAGAAGUCCGAUAGAAAACACAGCCGCGUUGCCAGCGACUUGAGUGUCAUCGAAAGCUCUGGGGAACUGUUAUAUGGAUUGAUCCAUCAACGCUAUAUAACAUCUCGGCAGGGCAUGCAGCAGAUGUUUGAAAAAUAUCAACUGCAGCAUUUUGGAUCUUGUCCUCGAGUCUUAUGCGGCGGAUGCAAGGUGCUUCCUGUUGGGCGUUCAGAUGCCCCCGGGGUGGACACAGUAAAGCUAUACUGCCCUAGUUGUCAGGACAUCUACACCCCUCCAAAUAGCAGAUUCCAGUCCGUUGACGGUGCAUUUUUUGGGACGACCUUCGGGUGCCUAUUUUUUAUGACCUUCCCAGAGCUUGAUGUUGCUUCAAAGGCAGAGUCUGCGGCCAAUGCGCUUGGGGCUAACGCGAGACGUGCCUCUCAUAACAGCCCAUCAUCAUCCAGCACGUCCCAGCCACCUUCUAAUCAGCCAACUCAACUUAACGGUUUUAAUGUGGCCAACCUUGCGCCAGGCUUGGGACCAGGCAAAAUAUACGAACCUCGGAUAUAUGGCUUUAAAGUAUCAGAGCGUGCCAGAUCUGGGCCAAGAAUGAAAUGGCUGCGAAUGAAACCGGAAGACAUCAACGAACUGGAUGAAACGACAAUGUACCAUUCCAGCCGCGCAGACAGUGCCCCUAGCUGUGACGAGGAUGAAGAAGACCAGGCCGAUAUAAACGCAGCCUUGAACGUCAUCAACCAACGUAAGAAGGCCCCAAUCCGUCGGCGGAGGGUAAUUGCACCAAAUAGCGCGGAUCCGAUGGGGACCAACGGAGAUAAGGCGGAAUAUCUCCCGGCCUAA